GCCUAACCCCUUAUUUCAUUUCCUUACUUGUUUGAAUCGAAAAGAAGGCAAGAUUGAGCGAUGAACAGAAGCUAUCAGAUACUUGAUAUGAUUGAGCUUUGAAUUGGAUAUCAUCAAUUGAAUUGAUGGAGUUGAAUAGUUGUCCAACUUUUUCUAGUAGAAGAUGUACAAUUUGUGUAGUUCUUGUGGUGCGGAGAUGGAACACUCAAAUGACUGCAAAGAAUCAAUGGAGACAGGAGAUGUAGUGAAGCUUAAUUGCAAGGAUCCUGUUAGUUCAUGUAAAGUUUGCUUGGAGAAAGAUAAAAGGUUGACAAUGGAGAAUAGUUCAAAUCCUGAGAUAACACGAUUGAUUAGUCCCACUGUUUCUCUUGCUAGCAAUGAUAGCUCCCUCACCAGUUCCAGUGACAUUUCAGUUGAUGCAUACUCAUGCGGCAGUUCCGAAGAAAGUCGUCCAGAUAGAAGUCGAGAUUAUCCCAACAAUGAGAGUUACCCACAAGGCAUGAAGAUUCAUACUCAUGGAAAUGGAUAUCAUGGAUCCACCAUGGAAACUAAAGGAAAAGUCAAGGAUAUCAAUGAUACCAUUGGAAACCUUGAUAAUUCAGAUUUCAUAGAUGAUGCUCAUGGAAAUGUUAGUUUACAGGCAGAGAUGUCUCCUAUUAUGAAGGAUUAUAUGAAUGUUGAUAUAUGGCUACCUCCUGAGCUUGAAGAUAUAGAGAAUCGUAUUGAAGGGAGUACAGCAAUGGAUGAGGCGAUGAAUGGAAAAUUUAAGAUUUUUGUUGGUCAACUACUUAAAUCUGUUGAUGUUGAUGUUUCUGGGGAAAAUGGUGAGAGUUGGACAGAUAUCGUAACUCGCUUGUCAUGGGAAGCCGCUUCAUUCGUUAAACCUGAUGCUCGUGAAGGGAAACCUAUGGACCCUGAUGGAUAUGUGAAAGUCAAAUGUGUCGCGACAGGUUCUAGAAAUCAAAGUGAAGUGAUAAGAGGACUGGUAUUCAAAAAGAAUGUCGCCAACAAGCACAUGCCAACCAAAUACGCAAAUCCACGUCUGUUGUUGAUAAGUGGCACACUUGGAGACUCAGUUGGGUUGUCUUCAUUUAACAACAUAAAACAGGAGGAGAACAAUCACAAGUCUAUCGUGGAUAUGAUAGAGAAUUGCCAUCCUAAUCUGGUCUUAGUGGAGAAAUCUGUUUCUGGGGAUAUUCAAAAGUCAAUUUUUGAUAAAGGAAUGACAUUAGUAUCUGACAUGAAGCUCGAUCGACUGAAGAGAAUUGAACUCUGCACGGAUUCACAAAUCCUAUCUGCUGAUAUGUUAAUGAAUCAAACGCUAAAACAAUGUGACUCCUUUCAUUUUGAACAAUAUGUUUUGGAUCACAAUGCUUCUGGUGAAAAUGGAAAAAAACAAGUUAAAACUCUUUUGUUCAUAGAGGGGUGUCCUACACGUCUUGGUUGUACGAUUUUGCUCAAGGGAGCUCAUAGUGAUGAAUUGAAGAAGAUAAAAUGUGUGGUCCAGUGUGCUGUUGUCAUGGCUUAUCAUUUAAUCUCAGAGACUGCUUUCUUGUUGGAUCAAAGGGCAAUGUUCCCUAUCAUUCCCUUCAAUGGUGAAGGAUGCUUGCCCAUUCAAUCUAAUGUCUCAGAGUUGGAGGACUCUAAUGUGGAAACUAUUGAUGCCUCAUCAACUUCUGAUAUUCCAAUAUCCAAUGGAUUUCAUGAAGGUGACUCUGAGAACUUAAGCUUGGAGUUAGAAGGAGAUUCCCCAUUUUCUUACGUACCAUACAACCCUGUCGUUCUUUCUGGGUUAUCAUCUAUUUCGGCAUCUCUUAAGAAUGUUAUUGGAAACAGUUUUCCUCUUUUCUCCUUAACCUCUCGAGGGUCCAUAUCCAAGUACCUUGGAAUUAAUGAGAGUCAGGAUGACAGUCAGACGUUGGAUAGUCUCCAAGAUACAGCAUCUUUGGAGGAGGCUCUUGAGAAUGGUAAUGGUAAUUUGGGUAAGAGUGUCUCAGAUGAAAACAAGUCUCCUGAGAGUGAACGACCUGGCUCUCCAUUUUCAUUGGAUGAGGUUCAUCCAGACACAAAGAUGCAUUCUGGUAUUAAUAAAGAGCAAAGCCCAAAGAAAGACGAAAUCCUGACAGCAUUGGAUUAUGAAAGUAUUUUAGUUUUGGAGUCCAAACGUAAUUUCAAGAUCAAGAUAGAGAACCUUUGUGAGAAGAGCCGUUUCUCUCAUAUUAAAUUCUACCGUAAUCCUGAUGUUCCACUAGGAAGAUUCUUGCAAUAUGAUUUGCUUGAUCAGAAGAAGUGCUCAACAUGCGGUGAAACUCCCGAAUCUCAUUUCUACUACUAUGCCCAUCACGAUAAGCAACUCACAAUACAAGUUAAGCGUCUUCCUGUGGACAAGUGUUUGCCCACAGGGAAACUUUGGAUGUGGAGUCGAUGUGGAAAAUGUAAAUGCAGAAAUGGGCACUUAGAAUCUACUAAGAGAGUGCUGAUAUCUCCUGCUGCUCAAGGCUUGUCUUUUAGGAAAUUCUUGGAGCUCAGCUUUUCAAACCCCUCUAUCUUGAGCAGGUCAACUGUCUGUGGCCACUCCUUCCACAAGGAUUUCCUUCACUUUUUUGGAUUAGGCUCCAUGGCAGCAAUGCUAAGAUACUCGACUGUGGCAACUUAUUCUGUGUCUAUGCCACCAAUAACCUUGGAGUUUAACAAUUCAAUCAGAGGAGAAUUCCUCAAGAAAGAAGUAGAGAAGGUUUGCACAAAAGGACUAAACUUGUUUGGUGAAGUAGCAAAGUUCCUACAGAAGAUUGGACCUAGAUUUGAACAUUCGAUCCUGAAUUUCAGAGGGUCGGUUAAGAAAUUCUCUGAUAUUGAACAAAUGUUAAAGAUGGAACGGUCUCAAUUUGAGGCCAACAUCGACAAUGUUCUCAUGAACAAUGGGAGUGCAAAUUUGGCUGUUUACAAGCUCUUGAGAUUGAAUAGGUUUCUUUAUGACAUUUUUCUCGAGUCACAUAUCUGGGAUCAUAGGAUAUCUUCACUCCUCUCAUCAGGGCCUACAAGCAUAAUGGAGAAUGGUAAUGCAUAUAAAGAAAUAGACAAUAAAUCUCUUAAAGAAAGAUCACCUGAAGGAGCUGAGGUAUCUGUUUUUAAAGAUGUUCAUAUUGAAGAAUCUAGACACCAAGAUGAGGACAGUGACAGUUCACCUAUCCCAAUUAAUAACGAGAUCAGUAUAAGUUGUUCUGAAGAUAAUCUUCCCAGUACGAGUUUACAAGUGGACAUCCCACAAAAGGGUACUAAUGACUUGAGUGUCUCGCAGAUCAAUUCUCUUGAGUCAUCACCAUCUUAUGUUUGCGAUAUGAAAGGAUGGUUUUGGGCGUCAUUCUUAGAAAUCCAGAAGGAGCAUAUUUUUGACCUUCAAAGGGGCCAUUUACCCAAGUUUGAACCCUUUUCAAGUCAUUCAAUAAAGAAUAUUCCUAAAGCUCAAGAGUUGAUAAAUGAGGAGGGAUCAAGAAUGCAUAUACCCCUUGGUUCGGACGAGUACAUGAUUUCAGACUUUGAGGAUGAGUUUUCUAGCAUAAUUGCAUGCUGUUUGACUCUUCUGAAUUCGGCAGAAGUCAAUUUUGAUACGAGGAAUGAGAAAGCAGUCUCAACCACCAAAACAAGUGAAAGUUCACAGAACUUGGGUCGCAUGUUGUCUGCUCCACAGUACUGGUCUUCCUCUAUUAACUCUGAUUCAGAAGGAAUCCGUUCGGCAUUGUCUUUAGAAGAAGCUCGUUUUUCGAGUUUUGAUGGGUUGAAUCUGCUGGACUCUCUAGUUUCUCUACCAUCUGUUCACCCAGAAGUUCACAUGGGAGUUAGGAAAUCGCCUGGAAAAGCCAAAUAUUCAGUUCAAUGCGUAUAUGCUCACCAAUUCCGUGACCUUAGAAACUAUUGUUGUCCAUCAGAGCUGCACUAUAUUGCUUCCCUUGGCCGUUGUCGGAAUUGGGAUGCAAAAGGAGGGAAGAGCAAGUCGUUUUUUGCGAAAACACUUGAUGAUCGUUUCAUCAUAAAAGAAAUCAAAAGGACGGAGUUCGAGUCUUUUUGGAAGUUUGCGCCGGAUUAUUUUAAGUACAUGAAAGAUUGCGUCGAGCUAGGGAAUCAAACCUGUCUUGCGAAGAUUCUCGGUGUUUACCAGGUGACCAUUAGACAGAACAAGAGUGGGAAAGAGACAAAACAUGAUCUGAUGGUGAUGGAAAAUAUUUCGUUUGGUAGGAAUGUUUAUAGGCAGUAUGAUCUGAAAGGUGCUCUACAUGCUAGACUCAGUUCAAAUGACGGAUCAGGAGAUGAUGUUCUUCUGGAUCAAAACUUCGUCAAUGACAUGAACACUUCCCCUUUGUACGUAAGUAGGACAUCCAAGCGUUUUCUGCAACGGGCUGUGUGGAAUGACACGAGUUUCCUCAAUUCGAUAAAUGUGAUGGAUUAUUCAUUACUGGUUGGAGUGGACAUGCAGAGCCACGAGCUUGUAGUCGGGAUCAUCGACUACUUAAGACAAUACACGUGGGACAAGCAAUUGGAGAACUGGGUAAAAUCAUCGCUAGUGGUUCCAAAGAACCAGUUGCCCACUGUCAUCUCCCCAAAGGAGUACAAAAAGAGAUUCCGAAAGUUCAUUACUGACCAUUUCUUGUCAGUCCCCGAUCAUUGGUGUUCAGAAACUCAUUCAAAUCCUUGCAAACUCUGUUGGACUGAGGAAGAAGAAGACCACAAUCUCGAUCCCAAAUCUUCAAUUGAAAUUCCUCUUUGAUCAAUUACCAUAUAUUUUACUUACUGUAUAUAGGUUUUAUAUUUGUAUCAGCUCUAUACACCCUUCUUCCCUAGCAUUUUGCAGUUAAUUCUUUUUUUUUUGGUUUCUGGGAAAUUCUGGGGGAGAGAGGAGGCUAGAAGGCCUAAAAAAAAGUCGUUAUUAUUUGAGUAUUUGAAAUAUGAAAUAAAGAAAGAUCGGCCAGCCACAGCUUGUUUAUGAUGCUGCUGCUUUAAAAUGGAUGAUGUUGAAGGUGACUGGUGGCGAACUUGCAAUACUAUUUGUUGUACAUAUGAUUUGAUGAUUUUGUAUUGAUAAUUGACAAUGAAAAUGCCUAGUUUUUGCAAUUAGAGUAAUGAUUGUAAUUU